AUGCAUAGAGCCAACAGCUCCAGUCUUACACCAAGAUACUUCAUCCUCAACGGGAUUCCUGGACUGGAAGCUGCACACAUCUGGAUCUCCUUGCCAUUUUGCGUCAUGUACAUGAUUGCUAUGGUGGGGAACUGUGGACUCAUAUAUCUUGUCAGCCAUGAAGAGGGCCUGCAUAGGCCCAUGUAUUACUUUCUAGCCCUAUUAUCGCUUACAGAUGUUAGUGGAUGUACAUCAUUUGUCCCUAAUAUGCUGUGCAUCUUUUGGUUCAGUCUCAAGAAGAUUGACUUUAAUGCCUGCCUUGUACAGAUGUUCUUCAUACACAUGUUGACAGGCAUGGAGUCUGGGGUGCUUAUGCUCAUGGCUCUGGACCGCUAUGUGGCAAUUUGUUAUCCUCUAAGAUAUUCCACCAUCCUCACCAACACCGUGAUUACCAAGGUUGGGCUUGCCACAUUCAUGCGAAGUGUGUUGCUCAUGAUCCCAUUCACUUUCCUGAUCAAGCGCCUUCCCUACUGCCGGGGCAACCUUAUUUACCACACGUACUGUGACCAUAUGUCUGUGGCCAAAUUAUCCUGUGGCAAUGUCAAGAUUAAUGCUAUCUAUGGUCUUAUAGCUGCCAUAUUGAUUGGAGGGUUUGACAUGUUCUGUAUCUCUGUGUCCUACACCAUGAUUAUCCGCGCUGUAUUGAAUCUGUCAUCUUCAGAUGCUCGCCACAAAGCCUUCAGCACCUGCACAUCACACAUAUGCGCUAUUGUUAUCACCUAUGUUCCAGCUUUCUUCAACUUCUUCACUCACCGCUUCGGGGCACACACCAUCCCUCACCACAUCCAUAUCCUUAUUGCCAACCUCUACCUUUUGCUGCCCCCUACUUUGAAUCCAAUUGUCUAUGGAGUGAAGACCAAGCAGAUCCGUGAAGGAGUAAUCAAGUUGUUUUUUAAAGAGAAAGCUAUGUUGACUAUGAAAUAA